AACUUGUCAGCAUACCAAGUCUUUGAAACAUGAGUGGAAGAGGUAAAACCGGAGGAAAGGCGAGGGCAAAGGCCAAGACACGUUCAUCCAGGGCUGGACUCCAGUUCCCCGUGGGUCGAGUUCACAGGCUGCUCCGCAAGGGCAACUAUGCCCAUCGUGUUGGAGCUGGAGCUCCGGUCUACAUGGCUGCCGUGCUCGAGUAUCUGACCGCUGAGAUCCUGGAGUUGGCCGGCAACGCUGCCCGUGACAACAAGAAGAGUCGUAUCAUUCCCCGCCAUCUGCAGCUGGCUGUGCGCAACGACGAGGAGUUGAACAAGCUGCUCGGCGGAGUGACCAUCGCUCAGGGUGGUGUGCUGCCCAACAUCCAGGCAGUGCUGUUGCCCAAGAAGACCGAGAAAUCCAAGUAAAGUGACCGCUGCUCGGCAUCGACCAAAAGGCUCUUUUAAGAGCCACCCACUUCAUCAUCUGAAAGCGUUCCAAAUUUGUUUCUUUAUAAUUUUCGGUGAAACAAACAUCACCACUAAGUGCCUUACAUGACCAAAUACCCUCAAUUCAUUUGAAAAAGAUAUGGUUGGCUAAUCGUAAAAAUAACACUAUCCUUAACAGUC